ACGGCAAAAGUGGAAAUAGUUUUUGUUUGUAAUAACCGAAACGGAAGCAAAGGUUGAAAGACAAGAUUGAUUUGAGAACGUUUAGUUUGGCGCUUUCUACGCCCAAAGCAAUGCCACUCUUGAUCUUUGAAUCAUUCUUCACUCUCUCUCUCUCUAAAAAAACCUAACUGUUCAAAAUCCACUCUCUCAUUCCAACAAUGAAUAUCGAAUGUGUGUAAACGCGGUUUCUGUUAGAUCCAGAUUCAUGGGGAUUUGCUUCAGCAUUGAAGAAAAACACGUUUCCCAUUCCGAUUCUAAACCUAAACCUAAUUCCAUUUCCACUGAUUCGGUUGGAAAUGUAUCCGCUGCACGAACGACUCCAUUAGGUACUGGUUCGAUGAAUAUCAAAGAACUUCGAGAAGGUGCUGGAUACAGCAACGUGCUUAUUUUUACCUAUAACGAAUUGAGGCUUGCGACGAAGCAGUUUCGGCCUGAUUUUAUACUUGGAGAAGGUGGAUUUGGUGUUGUGUAUAAAGGUGUUAUUGAUGAUAGUGUAAGAGCGGGUUAUAAAUCCACUGAAGUCGCUAUUAAGGAACUUAAUCGCGAAGGGUUUCAAGGCGAUAGGGAAUGGCUUGCUGAGGUUAAUUAUUUGGGUCAAUUCAGUCACCCGAAUCUUGUGAAGCUCUUUGGAUUCUGCUGUGAGGAUGAACACCGCUUGUUGGUCUAUGAAUACAUGGCUAGUGGGAGCUUGGAGAAACAUCUUUUUCGUAGAGCCGGCUCAACAUUGACUUGGUCAAAAAGAAUGAAGAUUGCUUUGCAUGCUGCAAGAGGGCUUGCUUUUCUUCAUGGUGCAGAAAGGCCCAUCAUAUAUCGUGACUUUAAGACUUCAAAUAUCUUACUAGACGCGGAUUUCAAUGCAAAGCUUUCAGACUUUGGCCUUGCGAAGGAUGGACCGAUGGGGGACCAAACACAUGUUUCAACACGAGUGAUGGGCACAUAUGGAUAUGCUGCUCCGGAGUAUGUCAUGACUGGGCAUUUGACUGCUCGAAGUGAUGUGUAUGGUUUUGGGGUGGUGCUACUUGAAUUGCUUAUUGGCAGGAGAGCACUAGAUAAGAGCAGGCCUAGCCGAGAGCACAACUUGGUUGAGUGGGCACGACCGCUAUUGAAUCAUAACAAAAAACUUCUGAAAAUUUUAGACCCGAAAAUAGAAGGGCAAUAUUCAAGUAAAACAGCAACAAAGGCAGCCCAAUUAGCAUAUCAAUGUCUUAGCCAAAACCCGAAAGGCAGACCUCUAAUGAGCCAGGUGGUUGAAAUCCUUGAAAGCUUUCAGUCAAGUGGGGGAAAUGAGGAAGAUCAAAUCCUUCAAAGUGGUGGUAGCAGUAUAACUCUUUAUGAGGUUCCAAAGAGCAGCAAAGAUACUCCAACUUAGGGCUUAACCAAACUGCAAAUAACAAGGUAUAUAGGUGAGGCUAGCCCAUGAAAAAGAAGAACGCGUCCCUUUUCGUAGACUAUAAAUUAUGUUCUUCACCUGAUUCUGGCGUUCGUAGAUAAGUCGACUUCUAGAAGUUGAAGUUUUGUCUGUGUCGGGUAAUUAAAAGUUUGUCGAAAAUGUUUAUAGAUGGAUCCCAAUGAUGUUUCCUGAUAGAAUUUGGCACAAAGGCAAUUAUGUAGCUUAAGCAUUUCACUUCAAUUAUUCUUGUUUCCAAUUUUGAAUCAUUAGGAUGAUGUUUAUUGGAAUGUUUCAUGUAGUUAAUUUCAAACAUUUCUUUCUUAAUUUGAGAGGUUAUUUGAUUAUAUCUUGGGA